AUGGCUGCUGAGAUCGAGGAUCCUGCUGCCGCAGGUGAUAGCGGUUCCGCAUCAGAAGAAGUGAAGCCUUACAGGAUACAUGUCUCGUCGAGAUAUCUCAAUCUUACUAAGCAGAAGCUGGAAAUUGCACGAUUGCCUCAUGAACUUGAUGACCCCAAGUCCACAGAUUGGUGGCAGCCAAAGUCUCAGGUUGAACCUCUUAUUGACUUCUGGCUCGAGGAAUAUCAAUGGCGAGACGAAGAAAAGGCCUUGAAUGGCCUCCCACAAUUCCGCACCGGUUUCACCAUCCCUCAAUCUCAAUCGCCCAUAAGAAUUCAGUUCAUCCACGCUCGUUCAUCACAUAGCAAUGUGAUACCUUUAUUAAUAAUACCUCCAUUCCCUCUAUCAAGCCUUUCCCUGGGACACUUGAUCGGGUUAUUCACUGACCCAGCAGAGGCGAACCAUCAACCUUUCCAUGUCGUCAUUCCUUCACUCCCCGGCUUGGGUUUCAGCGACGCGCUUCCGGCUAACUCGGCCGUAAUCUCUUCUACAGCAGACCUACUUGACUCCUUAAUGAAACGCCUAGGUUACUCCUUCUAUCUAGCAACGACUACGGGCACGGGAGCCUCUUCACCAGCUCACAUCGACUAUAAACUUGCUGAUUGGCUAUCAACACAAUAUGCAGACUCAUGUCUCGGGACUCAUUUUAUAUCGCCACCUUUGACAAAACCGAGACUGCAGGCAGCCCCUCUAGCUUGGACAAAAUGGUCCAUUGCCAGGUUCUUCGAGGCUUCCACAUUAGGGUACCAGUCAAAGGACUUUUCCGCUCUCAGGCAAAGUGGCAGUGAUGUGGCCAAGAAAUCGACGAAGACUGCAAAAUUACCACCUAAUAAAUACGGCUUCGCGGAACCCAAUACAUUGGCAUACGCUCUAUGUGAUUCUCCCACGGGCCUUCUAGUAUUUGUGAUGAAGGGCCUCCGCCUUCUCGCACCUCACAAAGAAUUCACACCUGCUGAGAUCAUCGGUUUCACGCAGCUUGCGUGGCUCCCAGGUCCCGAGGCCGCCAUGCGUUUCUGGGCCCACUGUGCGCGUCAUCCAGAAACGACCGCUCCCAAGAAAUCUCCCAAGAAACCGAACGUGGCGCUGACCGUAUUCCUCGGAGAUGAGCAGAAAGUAAGGCCCCAGGGUAACAGUGAGGCAAACGCAGAUGCUAGCGUCUAUGCUUUCAACACAGCCAAACCCAUGUAUUCCUGCCCUGCCUGGGCCGAGACACGAUACAAUGUAUUGCAUACCAACCGCGCGAGCGGGAACCCCGGUUUUCUCGUCUGGGAACGGCCGGAGAUCAUAGCAGCCGGUGUCCGGGGUCUUUCAGCCGCUGUCUUGAAGAUCGACAAACGUCUGCAGCCCUCGUCAAAUCCGGAGAUGGCAACCCGGCCACAGGAGGUCGAGCCCGCUGCGGAGAUACCCAGCUCUACUGUCACUACUCCUGGAGAACAACCCUCGUCCCCUGGUUUUGAAAUCCCUCCCAAGUCCGGACUGUUGGCACCGCCUAAGGUCAGCGAGCGGCUGCCUCCGGUCCGGGAAAUCAGCGACGACACCAAAGUUGCGAGUCAUGAGACCCUGCCGAUGAAGACCCCGUCCCCUGUACCCGCGACACCGAGCCCGGGUCCGCCACCCACCACCACCACCACUACCACGACUGAGGGGGGUUAA